AUGGUUAAUAAAAAAAACAGAGUUAUUCGUGGCAUGUCUAAAGACGUACAACUAACGGUAAAAGAAAAUAUUCCUUGUUCCAUUGGAAAGUUGGUUCAGAAAUUAGAAUCAUUUAAAGAGCCAUUUAUGAAGCAUGUGGGUCGUGUAAAACAUCAGUUUCAUGCAACACGAUUGCAAAAGGAAAAUUUACAAGAACAAGAAAUUCUCAUAUACAUCGACUUCAGUGAAAACUAUACUGCGAAAUACUCAGAAGAAAUGCUAUCCAUGCACUUUGGUGCACCAAAAAAUCAGUUCACACUACACACAGGUUUCAUUUAUAGACACCAAGGAAAGCCGAUCGGUUUUUGUGCAAUUACUGAUAAUCUUCAGCACGAUCCACCAGCCAUUUAG